AUGGAAAACGAACCUCAAGAUCCGUUGCUUGACCUACAAUUGGUAUCGUCAUCCGUUUCACGGGCAUUUCGCCUUUUUACUAACUGUGAGGCGAUGGAAUCUAAGAAUACCACUAUAAUGAAAGCCAUUGAAUCCGUAACAAAUCAACGGAAUGCGUUUUACACCCAGGCUCGUAGAUCAAUCGGAUACGUGGAAUCUUUACGAAAACACGCUGAGGACGUCUUAAACUAUGUUAAACUACUUCAGGAUCAAGAAAACACCCUGGAGAACAAACGAUCAACUUUGGACAAACUCUUAGAAGAUGCCAAAGAGAACAGAGCAAGUUGGAAAUAUAUGAAGGAAGCUUUUGAACAGAUAAGAGAAUCUCUAUCAGAUACACACAAAGAGCUUACAAAAUAUAAAUUCGAACUUCCGGCUAAAGAGAGGGAGAGAAGAUCCAAAAAAAGAAAUUUAGAUGAACUAAAUAGUUUAAUUACAAUCAAGUAUACGGUGGCGGCGGGUAGUAUGUUCUUUUGUAUCCUAUCAUUUGUAUUUAGUACGUUGCCCGACCUUCAUUAUUUGCAACACGCUGCCCAAGUUUGUCUUGUUUGUGGAAUAUCGGUUUUUUAUUGGAUACUUUCGGAUCAUAAGACCAUCCGCAAGCUUAAAGAUGAGCUGGACGAAAUGGACGAUACCUUGGAUAAUAGUCCUGAAAAGAUUAAGGACUUGCGGGGAACUCUCGAUCCAAUCGUUGAAUGUAUGGUCGAAUUUGAAGUGUUUUGGGAAACUGAGGAGAAUAGAAUAUCCCAUCUCAUUCGAAAUUUAGAAUCGAACCAAAAGCCAGACGAAAAAGAUUUACUUAAUUGGAAUAUUUCGACUGCACCUAUCAGAAAUAAAUGGUACGGAGUCCAGCAACAAUGUGAUAACUACAGAAAUGUGGUUAGCCAACUUUUGAAAAGCAUCGGGGACUAA